AUGGCGCACCGAUUUGAGCUGAACAAGCAAGCAAUCUAUUUAGAUAUAGAUAUGAAAAAUGAAAGAAUUGUUGGCAACACAAAUAUGAAUAUAAGUCUUUAUAUGCCUAUUUAUUAUUUGUAUGAUCAAAAUGAUUUUGAAAAAAAUAAGUUUGAUAUUAAAAAUGUGAAAAUUGGUACUAGCACAUUAUAUCCAAAAGACGAGGAUACUGAAAUAGAUGGAAAAAAUAUAGACGAAUUUGAAGACCAUAAUAAAGUAGAAAAAAAUAUUAAUGAAUAUACCACUAAUGAAAUAUUAAAUUAUACCGAGUUAGAUCAAGUUGAAUCUUAUAUAAAUUUUCAAAAAAAAAAAUAUAUUUUUUUAGUUAUUCAAAUACCAAAUAAUGCUAAACAAGCCAAAUAUUAUGACAUAAAAAUAAAUGGAAAAGAAGAAUCAAAUUAUUACACAAUAUAUGAUAAUCCAAAUUAUAAACAAAAUAUAUUUGAAAAUAGUGAAAUGGAAAAAGAUGCCCCUAUUUAUAAUUCUAUCCCCACAAAUAAUCAUCAAAACUUAACUAAUGAAACUAACAUAAAUAUAAUCCAAAAUGAACAAUCCUCAGUUACUAGCCAUGAUAAUGAUACAUUAAAUGAAGAUAUAAACCAAUAUUCAAAAAAAAUAAAAAAAAAAAAAAAAAAAAAGGAAAAAAAAAAAAAAAAAAAAUGGGACAAUGAAGAAAAUGUCUAUACUUAUGAUAUAAAUGGUAAAUCUAUUUAUACAUACAAACAAUACGAAGAUACUUAUCAUGAUGAAACUAAUAUUAACGAACAUUUAUAUGACGAUCCAGAUUAUCAGUUACAAAACAAUAUUUAUAAUAAUGUCAAAAAUGGUGAUGAAAAAAAAAAAAAACAUAAACAUGAUAGCAAAAUUAAUAGUAUUAACAAUUUUGAUCAUAAUAAUUCACAAGGCCCAGAAUUUAAAAUUGUAGACUUUUUGUCUUUAGAUAAAUACAUAGAAGGAAAUCAUACAAAAGGAAAAAACUAUUUAUUUAUAAUGAUAGAUAACAAAAUAUUUGAUAAAGAAAAAAAAGACAAUUAUGAACAAUUUUGCAAUUUUUGUAAAAAUCACAAACCAAUUCAAAUAAAUAAUAAUUAUGAAUAUAAUGUAAAAAUAGACAUUAGUGUAAAUCUAUCUUUUCAAUUUUUUAAUUUAAAUUCAUAUCAAAAUCAAAUAUAUUUCGAUAAAACAAAAGAUAUUUUAGUUACUAUAAAAAAUUAUAUUAAAAAUAAUACCUGGUUUCCUACAAUAUAUCAAUCAUAUAAUAAUGAUGAUGUUUCUACAAAUAAAAAUACAUGUGCUUGGAAAAUCAAAUGUAUCAUUGAUAUUCCAUAUUUUGUUAUAUCUUCAAAUACAUUAACAAAUAUAUAUCAAAAAAAUGGAAAAAAUUAUUUCAUAUAUAAAACUACAAAUAAAGCUUCAACACUUUCACCUGAUCAAAUAUGUCUAUAUGCAGGAAAUUUUAACUUCCUACAUUUAAAUGAUACAAAAUUAAAAGAUACACAAAAUAUUAAUUAUAAUUUUUUAUAUAAAAAUGAAAAAAUACACUCUGAAAAUCAAUCCAAAGAAAAAAAUAAAAAUAUCUAUCUCUCAAGAAAUUCUACUGAAGUUCGAAAUAGAACUAGCACACUAAAUAAUAAUUAUAACACUAAUGAUAUAUCUUUAGUAAAUACAAACAAUAAAAAUGAUACUUAUAAUUUAUCUUCCUACGAUAGUGAUUCAUACUUCGAAUGGUUUUCAGAUUCAACUACUUCUACCGUCUCUGAUAAAUCGGAUUACGAAUUUGUGAAUGGGAAAAAGAGACGAACCCAACCAGACAACUUUCAAGCUGCUCUCCCAGAGUCAGCAAUGGUUGAUCAAGCCAAAGUUGGAAGUGGUGAAAAUGUUGAAAAUGAUGAAUCAAAAAUGGACACACAGAAAUACUAUUAUGAAAAGGUGAAUAAUAAACGAGUCCCAAAUAUUUAUGCAUAUACAUAUGUAGAAAAAGAUGAUCAAAUUGAGUUAAACGAAUUGGCACACUCCACAUCACAUACAGGAUAUAUAUUAAAAUGCUUCUUAGAAAUAACAAAAGAAAAUAUAAUGUAUGAUAAUAUUAUUAUUUUAUUUUUACCUAUACAUUUUACCUAUUUAGAAAAUUAUUUUCAUUCUGAGCAUAUAGAAAGUAGUAUUAGUUCUCAUAAUUUUGAUGAUAUAAAAAAUGGAUAUAAUUUAUUUAGUAAUAGUAAUAUGUUAAAUAGUAAAAUUACAGAUCCAUAUAUAUAUUUUAAAGGUAGCAAAUAUUUUAUUUAUGGAAAUGUAAUAAUAUUUUCAUCACAGAUGCUACAUAAUAUAUAUGACAUUCUAUUUAAUAUUAAUGUCUAUUCUUAUAAAAUGAUUUUUGCUGAAGGUAUAUUAUCACUUUGUUUUAAUUAUUAUAUAAAUAACACAACUUAUCAAGAUUGCUACUUUGUAUAUAUGCUAAAAUCAUAUAUUUUACAAAAAUUUAUUGAACAGAUUUUUGGAAUAGUAGAAAUGAAUGCUAUACUUUUUGAACUUCGAGAAAAAUAUUGUUCCCUCGUCGAAUUAUUUGGUGAUGUAAUUCUUUCAAAGCAAAAACUGUAUUAUACAUCAACAGAUUAUUUAUAUCAUAGAAAAAGUAUUUAUAAUAAUUUUACCUCCACAGAUUAUAUCUUUAAUAAUAUUUAUUUUAUAAAAUCUUUUUUAUGUAUAAGAGCAUUUUUUAACAUACUUAAAAAUUUUAAUUUUUCUUCUAACAUUCAUCAAUAUUGUUUUUUUAUACUUUUUUCUUAUUUUUCGACUGAGAAAAAAAUUAUGGAUUCAGAACUUUUUUGGAAAAAGACACUUGACGAAUGCAGACAGAGAUAUAUCGAGAGUUACAAACAAAUUUACAAAAACAAAUUCAAAAUAAACAAAACAGAUGCAAACAUAAAUGUAAAAUCAUUAAUAGGAGAAGAACAUGAACAAUAUCAAAUAUUUGAAAAAUAUUUUACUUAUUUUUUAAAUACUUAUAUAAAAGGUUAUGGGAUAGGACAAUACAUACUUACGUUCAAUAUUCAUCUACAGAGAAAAGGAACAUCUAUGGAUGACUUCAACUUUUUAAUAAGCCAGAAUUAUAUUAACCCAUUUUGUUUUAUCGACCAUAAUUUUAAAUCAAAUUAUUUCAUAGCAGACAUAUCCUCAAUGUGUAUAUAUAAUUUACUCGAACUAAAUAAGUAUAUAGAUUUAAAAAAUGUGUUACUACAAAUUGAUGGAUAUAAUAAUAAUAUCAAGUUCGAUAGGGAAAUAAACUUUUUAAAAAAAAUUAAAAAUAAAAUGAUUAUAUCUAAAAAAAUGAAAGCAUAUUUAGAUAAAAUUUAUUUUGAAAACUUUCUUCAAAUCCCAUAUCCCAACAAUAACUUAUUUAAUAAUAUCGAAAAAAAAAUUCUAACUUUUUUAAAAAAAAAAUAUUAUUAUUACAUAGACAAUUUUUAUAACUAUCCAAAACACAUAUUUAAUAAAAAAAUGAAUAAAAUUAUAUCCAAUUAUAUAUUAAAAAAAACAAAAAAAAAUAUAUUUGAUUCUUUUCAUAUUCCCUCACCCCCAAAAAAUACUACACUUUCUACUGUCAAUCAGUUUACCCAAAUCAAAUCAGAAAAAAGUUAUACAGAAUCAUAUCCUAAUCAAGCCUACCCACCUAGUAAUCCAAACCAACUAGAUACUAACGAUUAUAUGGCAUGCCCAAAAGUAGAGACUAUACCUACCGAUGCUCUCUCAAAACAAGAAACACCUCAUAUCAAAAAUGAACACAAACAAAUAAUAAAAACAAUUAGUAAAGAAAAAAAAAGAAAAAAGAAAGAAAGUAAACGAGAUAGACACCAUAAAAAAAUGAAAAAAAUAUUACAUGCAAAAAAUAAAGAAAGGAAAAAAAGAAAACAUCUUGAGAGAAAAAAAAAAAAAAAAAAAAAACGAUCAAAAAAAAAACCAGGAAAAAAAAAAAGACAUCAUAAAUAUGAAUAUAAUGAAAUAUCACAAAAACAUUUUAAAAUUAAUAAAAAUUAUUUAUUAAAAAAAAAAAAAGAACUUAUAAAUUUGCCAUACACCAAUUUUGAUAGUCUAGAUUUAGUAGGACGAGAUGGAAAUUUCUAUUUAGGUUUUGGAUAUGUAGGAUCGGAUUCUUUAUUUUUUAGUACCGGAAAAGGAAAUCUAUAUAAUAAUAUAAUUGCAUAUAAAAAAUAUAUGAAAUAUGAUGUUACUAAAUUAAGUGAAUUAUGUAUUGAUAAACAACAUAUCCAUCAAUAUGAUACAUCACCUUUUCACACAAGUUCAACUUAUUCCUACUGGAAAAUUAUAUUCCGAUUAUAUCACUACUUAAUGUUACUUAAUAAAAUUUCUAAAAAAAAAGAAUUUGUUAUUAUUGAAAGCAUUUUAUCUAUAAAAGAAAAGGAAGUAAACAUUCUCGAUCCUAAUUAUAGUGAUCAAGCUAUUGAAAGGAUUAAAAAAAAAAAAAAAAAAAAAAAAAAAAAAUAG